UGCCCGAGAAAUCUUUUUUAGCUGCCAAGAUAUAUAUUUUUGCCUGGUGGUUCCAUAGCAAUACUAUCUGGCUUUUUAUAAGCCAACUCUGGAAAUAUUGGUUGAAGUAGUUCUGUAUCACUAAAAGAGCAGUAUAUAAAUAACUGCAUGGUGGGAAUGGAUAACUGUAAAAAAAGACGGAUCGGUUUGGUUGGUUUUGGACUAAUAGGUAGCUUCCUCUACGAUGCAAUCAAAAAGUCGGAUAAUAUGGAAAUUGCGUUUGUUUGGAAUAGAAGUGUGGACAAGUUGCAAAGUAUACCAAAAAAUGAAAUCCUGGAAAAUUUGAAAGAGUUUCAUCAAAGGAAUGCUGAUUUAAUAGUUGAAAUCGCUCACAUAUCUAUCACACAAAAAUUUGGAGAAAUGUUUUUAAAAUAUGCUGAUUAUAUGAUUGGUUCGCCUACAGCUCUUGCAGAUAUCGAGUUAGAGGAGAAAUUAAAAAAAGCCGCAUUGCACCAUGGGUUGUAUGUACCUGUAGGUGCAUUCUGGGGCGCAGAAGACAUAACAAAGAUGGCAGAUCAAGGUUCGUUAAAGGCUUUGAAGAUAACAAUGAAGAAACAUCCUUCGUGUUUCAAAGUGCUUGGUGAAUUAGCUGAGAAGAAUAAACACGUGGGAGAGAAACCAACUAUUCUUUACGACGGUCCUGUUCGUGAGCUAUGUCCUUUAGCGCCCGCUAAUGUCAAUACGAUGGCAUGUGCCUCCAUCGCAGCGCAUAAUCUUGGUUUUGAUCGUGUGCAGGGUUGUUUGGUUGCUGACAAAAGUUUAAACUGCCAUAUAGUUGAGAUUGAAGUGACAGGACCGUCCUAUAGUGAUGGAGAGUUUUUCACUGUGAAGACGGUCAGAACGAAUCCAAGUCAGACGGGCGCAGUAACAGGGAAUGCGACGAACCCGUCUUUUGCGCAGAGUUUAAAAAGAGCACAUGGUAAAGGGCCAGGAGUCCACUUGUGUUAGCGGCUACUGAUUGCCCGCAUAUCAUUGAAACCACAGACGUGCCUGCAUAUCAUUGAAACCACGGACGUGCCCGUAUGUCAUCGAAACCAACUACGUGCCCGUAUAUCAUUGAAACCACUGACCUGCCUGGGAAUAAUCGUGUCCGUCUAUUAUUAAUUCCAGUUGUGAUGUCAAUGUUAUGAUGUAACAGAGUUUUUGUAAAAUAUUUUAAACAAAUAUAUUUUUUAUUAAAGAACUUGUUUUUCAUUUUGCACCAGAAAAAAUAGUCGUCUGUGUGUUUUUAUUGCACAGUCUCGUUUGUUUUUGAAGUGUAGUGUGUGUCGUGCCUUAUUAAAGGAAGGAAGUGUUGCUUUUGUGGUUUUUGCACAAAGUUAUUCUUGCAGACCGUAACACAAAAUUUAUUAAAACUAGUUGUAACCUCGUUCCCAGGGCAUUUGGCCUUGUUGAUGAAGUUCACUCCGUAGUAACGGCUCAGUGGCCACAAGACCUUGGGGACGAGGUUAAGUUAUAACUAGAGGAAAGAUUUAGUAGAAGCACAAAAACAUCUUAUUUUAUACAACUGCGAGAAGCUUUUUCCGUAAACUCUUUCCUUAAAGUAAUUUUUAACGACGAAUAAAUACAUGAUAUUUCUUCC